CGGCUCCCGCGACCGCCGCCCCUGCCCGUCAACGGCGCCGCAGCCAGGUGCACCGCCGUCAGGUGCCCUGGACGCGCCAGGCUGGGGCCGCCGCCUCCGAGCGCCCCGCAGGGGCCAUGGAUGUCGAGACAGCAGAGGAACAGGGGGGCCCUGUACCCGCGCCAGCCGCACCCGGCGGACCUUGCCCAGCCGGCGCUCCUGCCCUCGGCGGGCGGCGCGAGCCCAAGAAGCACGCAGUGACAGAUGACUACCAGUUGUCCAAGCAGGUGCUGGGCUUGGGUGUGAAUGGCAAGGUGCUGGAAUGCUUCCACAGGCGCUCUGGGCAGAAGUGUGCCCUGAAGCUCCUUUACGACAGCCCCAAGGCCCGGCAGGAGGUGGAGCACCACUGGCAGGCCUCGGGCGGCCCCCACAUCGUGCGCAUCCUGGACGUGUAUGAGAACAUGCAUCACAACAAGCGCUGUCUCCUCAUCGUCAUGGAAUGCAUGGAAGGUGGUGAGUUGUUCAGCAGGAUUCAGGAGCGUGGUGACCAGGCUUUCACUGAGAGAGAAGCCGCAGAGAUCAUGCGGGAUAUUGGCACUGCCAUCCAGUUCCUGCACAGCCAGAACAUCGCCCACCGAGAUGUCAAGCCUGAAAACCUGCUCUACACGUCCAAGGAGAAAGAUGCGGUACUCAAGCUCACUGACUUUGGCUUUGCCAAGGAGACCACCCAAAAUGCUCUGCAGACUCCCUGCUACACUCCCUAUUAUGUGGCUCCUGAGGUCCUGGGUCCAGAAAAGUAUGACAAGUCAUGUGACAUGUGGUCCCUGGGUGUCAUCAUGUACAUCCUCCUGUGCGGCUUCCCGCCCUUCUACUCCAACACUGGCCAGGCCAUCUCCCCAGGGAUGAAGAGAAGGAUCCGCCUCGGCCAGUAUGGCUUCCCCAAUCCUGAGUGGUCAGAAGUCUCUGAAGAUGCCAAGCAACUGAUCCGCCUCCUGUUGAAGACAGACCCCACAGAGAGGCUGACCAUCACACAGUUCAUGAACCAUCCAUGGAUCAACCAAUCAAUGGUGGUGCCACAGACUCCACUCCAUACGGCCCGGGUGCUGCAGGAGGACAGAGACCACUGGGAUGAAGUCAAGGAGGAAAUGACCAGCGCCCUGGCGACCAUGCGUGUGGACUACGACCAGGUGAAGAUUAAGGACCUGAAGACCUCUAACAACCGGCUCCUCAACAAGAGGAGGAAGAAGCAGGCAGGCGGCUCCUCGGCCUCGCAGGGCUGCAGUAAUCAGUAGCUCAUGGGGUCAUGGAGGAGCAGGGCCUCUCAGUCUGGAAGACACAGUGGAGUGUGCGGAAACCUUGACCUGAAGAGCCCAGGGUCAUUUUUUAAACAAAAGAGUUAUUUUAUUGUGUUUUAAUUUGUUACUUGGAACUUCAGGAUGGGGGACUGUGACCCCAGUCCUUCAGGGUCCCAGCCUAGGUUGAGGCCCUAGAGAAGGGCCAAAGCCUGAGGGCUAGGGAGCGACCUGCUACAGCUGCUGUGCCUUUGGCCAGAGUGGCCUGAAUGAACUGUGGCUCUGUGGUCCUGGGGCAUGGCCUUAGACUUCUAGGCCACUGGGAGUUGUGGCUGGGCUUCCCUCCUUCUGUGGAAACAGUUCCCUGUAGGGUGGGCAGAUGGGCCCGGCCUUGGCAAAGGCAUCCGGUCACUGGUUGUCAUGGUGACCAGGGACACGGUUGCUGUCUCUGAAUGCUGAGUGAGUGAGCAAGGGAGGGAGAAGGGGCAAUUGAGGGUCUGUGCGCCUUCUUGGGGAGGCUGCUCUCCCUCACGCUGCUUGCCCCGCUCAGACUCACCCCUCUUUGGUCUCACUGAGGACACAGGGUCAGUCUGCCAGCCUCCCGGGGUGGUCCAGCCCUGUCUUGCUGCAACCCCAUCCCACAGGGCCCUUGGAAUUCUCCUUCCAUAGAGUCCCUGGGCCCAGCCACCCUGUUACUAUGCCCUCUACCCAAAGAGUGGCCUCUCAUCUCAACUGAGGGUAGGAAGUAUUUUUAACCCUUUUUUAUUUUGGAGAACGUCACUGUGACAAAAGCCAGUGCAGUUUCCCUGCCCUAACCUGCUCAUCGGAUCCCAGAAAGGAAAGCCUCUCUCCUUAAUGGCUCAUCCUGUACUCUUGGUUGGCCCUAGGUGAUGGCAGGGGUUGUCUCCUAGUGUACAUCUGUGAGAGUGGAUGGCUGGAGGCAGAGCCAAGAGGCUCCCGUUAAUCAGGAGUCUCUUUAUCCAGGUCAGACCCGAGGCAGCAGAAGGCUGCUCUGUGAUGCUUAGAAGGUCUAGUCCUGGCUUUGGCCUGAGUCAGAGUGGAGAAGGCCCCUUCUUUCUGGUCCAGGCUCACCUAGUCCCAUGCUGCCCACAUAGCCUCAGGGUGCUGAAUGCCUGAUGUGGGCCCGGCAAGUGCCUGACACCCAGCUUGGUUCCUGGCUCCCAGUCCUUCUCUCACUGGCUGGGAAACCCUAGACCACCUUAGAUAGGGCAACACUAACACUGCUGGGUUUUACAUCCAAAUAUUAAUAAACGACAUUUUGGCAUUUUC